GCGAGCACGGUGCGGGCGGCCUCGCAGCGGCAAGCCGAAUGACCCAGUCCUCAACACCAGACCAUGUGGACCGCAAAUGAGAUUGCUCAACUGUGCUACGAGCACUAUGGGAUCAGGCUGCCUAAGCAGGGGAAGCCUGAGCCAAACCGUGAGUGGACAUUAUUGGCAGCCGUGGUAAAGAUACAAUCUCCAGUUGUCCAGGCCUACAACACUCCCGAUAAGCCAACGCAAGUGACAAAGGAAGUUGUCUCAGUGGGAACAGGAACGAAAUGCAUAGGCCAGUCCAAAAUGAGGAAGAGCGGAGACAUACUCAAUGAUAGCCAUGCUGAGGUCAUAGCCAAGAGGAGUUUCCAAAGGUACCUUCUCCAUCAGCUCCAGUUGGCAGCCACCCUGAAAGAGGAUAGUAUCUUUGUCCCAGGAACGCAAAGAGGACUGUGGAAACUCAGAUCAGACCUCUUCUUUGUGUUUUUCUCCAGCCAUACACCCUGUGGGGAUGCCUCCAUCAUUCCGAUGCUUGAGUUUGAAGAUCAGCCUUGCUGUCCUGUCAGAGAUUGGACCAAGAACCCAUCAGUAGAAGCCAGUAGUAAUUUGGAACCUCCUGAAAAUAAACAGAAAUAUAAAGACCUUGACAGUCCUGUAACCAAAAAGAUGAGGCUUGAGCUUGGAACUCCUGACAGGGAGGUUGCCAACGGUGCAGCUGACCAUCGGAGUUUUGGCAAACAGCAAAGUGGCCAAAUCCCACCAGGUGUCAGCAGCUCAAACCUCACCGUAAAGGGACUGGCCUCUGUCACCAGAAUAGCCCUCUGUGGGGCCAAAGUGGUGGACGUUCAUAGAACCGGAGCCAAGUGUGUGCCUGGAGAAGCUGGAGACUCAGGGCAGCCUGGUGCUGCAUAUCACCAGGUGGGGCUGCUCCGAGUAAAGCCAGGCCGGGGAGAUAGGACUCGCUCCAUGUCCUGCAGUGACAAGGUGGCCCGAUGGAACGUCCUUGGAUGCCAAGGGGCACUGCUCACACACUUUCUGGAAGAGCCCAUCUACCUGAAAGCUGUAGUCAUUGGGAAGUGCCCAUACAGCCAGGAGGCCAUGCAGAGAGCACUGAUUGAGAGGUGUCAGAAUGUAUCGGCUUUACCCAAAGGCUUUGGCGUUCAAGAACUGAAAAUACAGCAGUCUGAUUUACUAUUUGAACACAGCCGCUGUGCAGUGCAGGCAGAAAGGGCUGACAGCUCGGGCCGACUUGUUCCCUGCGGGGCAGCCAUCAGCUGGAGUGCAGUUCCUGAGCAGCCAUUGGAUGUUACCGCCAAUGGCUUUCCACAGGGAACAACAAAGAAAGGAAUUGGAAGCCUUCAGGCAAGAUCCCGAAUCAGCAAAGUGGAGCUCUUUAGAUCAUUCCAGAAGCUUCUGAGCAGUAUUGCAGAGGACCAGUGGCCAGACUCCCUCAGGGUGCAGAAGCUGGUUACCUACCAGGAGUACAAGGAGGCUGCAUCUGCUUACCAGGAAGCCUGGAGCACACUUCGGAAGCAGGCAUUUGCAUCCUGGAUCAGAAACCCACCAGAUUAUCACCAGUUUAAAUGAGAAGGAAACGUUUUCGAAUUGUUUGCUGGUAAUAGGACCCUUCAUAUUGAACUGCCUUCUUCCUUCAUUGUGGACAAGUCUUAGGCUAAAUGGGGGCGUGUAAAAAGCCUUCUCUCAGAGCACUGCAUCUCUUUUGUGUAAUAUGGGA